AUGUCAAACGAACUGGCUGCGAAGCUGGCGAGACGAUGUCAGCUAAAUGAAGACAAGUCUGGGGAGAAGGACUUGGGCGCAAAGCUCAGCUGCAAUUACAGAAGUGUUUACGCAGAAUUCAAAGAGUUUCCACUAAAGAAGAUCAGAAGCCUUGAAUCGAAGUUCAAGCAAUUUGACCAAGACAAAGACAACGCGCUGAAUAUUGAAGAGCUGAAAAAGCUGAUGGAGGGCCUUGGCGAGCCGCAAACUCACAGGGCCGUGAAGGACAUGAUCGCUCUUGUUGAUGACGACAAAGACGGCAAAAUCAGCUUCAGGGAAAAACAGGAGGAAGGAGAACUUGAAAAUGACUCAGGCCUGGACAAACUUGCAAAGCUCGCUGAAAUUGACGUAUCGUCUUCUGGCGUCAGUGGAGCCAAGAACUUCUUCCAGGCAAAAGUGGCCGCGUUUGAACAAGAAUCGAAAAUCACAGAUGAAAUUCGUCAAGAAUUAGAGGCGAAAAAGCAAGAAGCAGAAAACGCCCGUCUCAGACGCGAAGAAUUCAAAAGAAAACAAAAGCUCUUCGGCUAA